GACAGAAACAGCACCCAAUGGAGAAAUCAGUACGGGGCGCGUCAUCCCCGCGAUGGGCGCUAAGUGAGGCGCUCCGGGCUCCAGGGGUGUGCCCGGAUCGGGGUCCAGGGGCGGCCGCCUCUUGACGGCGCUUCGCCUCAGGAGCCCGGGACACUGCCGGUGUCUGCAGCGCCUCUUGCUGCUGUCACCAGGUGCUCGGACCCUGGCUUCUCCGUGCCCAGCUCCGUAAGGGCUCAGGGGGCUCAGAUCAAUGGCCCGAGCCCCGUCAGCCCCGCAGUGCUGUGAGGUUCGGGCCGAGGGCAGGAUCGCUUUUGGCAGAGCACCACGCCGCCCAAGGAAAAGCCUCUGUAAAGCCACCACGGGCCGGCUGAAAACAGCACUUCUCACAUCUCAUCCUCCCCAGCAUCGCACGGGAGGCUUCUCGCCGGCUCCCAGCAGUUGGGAGAGGAAGACCUUGGUGGCACGUUCUGUAUUUCCCUCCUCAGUUCAAGGGAGUGGAGACCUCCUGAGGGACUCUGCAGCCUCCCUGUUGCUGUGGACAUUGUGUGGUGCCUGGUGUAGCUGCUGCUUACACGGGGCACCCUGUUAGUAGCAGCAUUGUCAUUUCCUGCUCUCUUUUCUCCUUGGCAGAGAGCACCAUGGAAUGUGGCUGGGGAGCUGGAAGGGGCUCUGAUAGCAGAGCAGUUCUGUGGAGUCAGCAGAAGGCAAGACAUUAACCUUUAGUUCCACCAGCACCAUAGCUGGGAACACAGGGAAGGCACUUCCUGCUGGAGAGGGUCUUGGUUUCAUCAGUGCCAGGAAACGUGAGAACCAGAAUAGAAAUGAAAAGGAAGGAAGCAAACAAGUACACAUCAUUAUGCAGUUGUGAAAUGAGAGAAGAUGAAGAUUCGAAUGCAGAGAGGAACUGAACAUCAGAAGGAACAUGAGAAGAGAUGAAGAGGUCCAGAGGGGAGAUCAAGAGGGAUACAGAACCUCUCACUUGUCAUUCUUGUGGAUCUUGUACCCUCUUACCAGCAAAUAUCAUGCUGGUGUUGCUGUUUCCUCAUGUGGUUGGUUUGCAGAUGAGACCUCAGCUUCAGCCAGGAAGUUCCACUGGCAGGUGGAGCAGAGCUCCAGUGAGCACCCUUUUCUUCUGGAGACACGUCUGGCUGGGCUGUGUGUGCCCAGCGUGGUGUGGAGGGUGGUUACUAUGGGUGCUGAUAGAAACUAAAGGGGAGGAAAUGGCGGAUGGGAGGAGGCUUUGCUCUGAGCAUGAAGAGGAAGAGGGGAAGCAGUUGGGAGCAGCAGAGAUUGCACCCACAGAGGCUGGGGAGACAGAGGGGCCUUCGCCUGCUGAUUGCUGGGCACGUUCCUUUGGUGGCAGGGGUGACACAAGCUGUAUCUGGCCUGGUGGAUGUUCAUGUCCUAGUGUCCCUCAUGCCAGAGGUGGCAGGGGAAUACAGGGGCUGGGCAGGAGCUGGGAUCUGGGUACUCAUGGCCAGAGUGGGGCAAGGCUCUGCAGGGCAGUGUACGUCCCACAACCAGAACACUCUGAUCGAGCCCAUCCCCAUGUCAAACCACAAGUCCCCGGGGGCUGGCAGGGUGUGUGUGUCCCCACCUGGGCUCAGCAAGCACACCCCGUCACCAGAUGGGUGUGGACAUCACCCCAUCCCCCCACCAUGACGGCAGCACCGCUUCCUCCAAGCGGUCCAUUCCCUGGUAAAACAAAACAGACUUGAGUGGUGUGGGGAGGUGGUGGUGCUGUAGGAAACUAGGAAAGUGGCAGGGACCUGCUGGGCCAGGCCCUAGAGUGGUGGGAAAUGGCCAUGAGCAGCUCCUGGGGGCAUUACUCGGGUCUCAGGGCUGAGAGUAUGUGGUCAGGAUGAAACCGGAGGAGGAAUCAGAGAAGAGAGGAGAUAAGAAUUGGGCUGAGGCAAGAGAAGGGGAAGAGAGGGGAAACCUGUGAGCACAGAAGGAACUGCCUGGCCCAGUGGCAAAGGGGUGAGGUCUCAGCAAGGCUUCAGCUCCUCUCGGCUGAGCAGUGACCCUGCACUGCAGGGAGACAGGAAGACUCCUGGCUGAUCCCACCAGGCACCCAGCGUGGUCACCAUGAGGCUGUUGGGAAGCAUGGAGCUCUGGCUGGUCAACACCUUUCUGCUCCUGCUGCUCCUCACCUGGCCAGUUGGAACAGACAGUCACCAGGCAAAGGAAAUCACCUCUGUGCAGUUCAAUAUUAGUUUGGAGAACCUCACGGUGCAACUGAAGUGGUCCAAGCCUGAAUGUGUGUCGGGGAAGAAUCGAACCAACACUGUGGUUCUGGGAGAAAACCCUAUGAAUUUCACCAGCUCAAGCCUGUGUGCAUUCCGCAAAGGAAACUGUGAGUGUACGGUCGUCAUCACAAGACCCAACUCGACGGACACUGGAAACAGCACACAAGCAGCAGAUCCCAGUUGUGGCUCUGCAGGACCUCAGACUGAUGUCACAGGAAAGAUGUGGACAGGACUCAACCUCCUCCUGUGCAUCUUCCUUGGCUUAGCGGUUGGGACGCUCCUUUACAUGCCUGUAAUUGGAUUCCUGCUGUGGUGGUGUAGAAGAAACAAAACAGGAGAGCUCAUGAACGGGGAAGUGGCAGAGGGGAAUCAGGCAGCCCUGGUGACAGACACUGAGGACCUGACCUAUGCCAACCUGAAUUUUGAGAAGAAGGAGACAGGAUCUGCCUCUUCCAAUGUCAUUUACACCGAGAUCAAGCCAUCGCAACAGAAGCAGAGUGGUGGGGAUGGCAGUGCUGCCAGCACAGAGGUGGAUGUCUCCCCCAAGGAAGAGGGCAAGUGAGGGAGGUGAGCAGCUUGUUGUCCCCCUGUUGGGGUCAUCCUCCUCAAAAACUAGGAGUUAGCUCAUACAGCAGUGCAGUCUCAGUGACCAAAGACACCUACUACCCCGAGUGGCUGCAGAACCCUGCUUUACGUUCCUCUGGAAGAGGCCGUGUCUCGUGGUGAGGACAGGACUCUUGAGGCUGUUUUCCUCUUGCCUUCUGCAGCUCCAAGCACUGCCAAGCCUCAGCAACUCUUUUCCCUGUCUCCAGUCACUGAUAGGCUGCUCUAGCUACUUGCUCGAUGUUCAGGAAUGACAGUGUACACUGUGUGGCCAGCAUGGUGUUCAGGAAGAGGCUGGUCCUGGAUGGGCUGGGUGGCACGGCCAUGAGGUGCCCUGGAGUGAUUUUCUGGAUUUUCUCUGGAGCAGACACCUGCUGUGGUGUGGGUUGCCCUUGCUCUUGUUCACUCACUUGAAGCACAAGGGGCAAGGAUGGAAAAGCAUUGCUUGCUUCACAGAGGUGCUGCUGCAGUGAUGCACAUGGAUCUGCUUUGUAAUGGGAGUGGCUAGCUGUUUUUGCUGGUUUGGAGGUGAAUACCCUUCUUGUGGGUACAGCACUGUCUUUUGUGCCCUCUUUUAUUGAUAAUGCUGUGUUUAUUGUGAGUUUUUCAGUAAAAUUGUGAUUCCCACUUGUGGUCUUGCCUGGUGUUUCCUCUGCUGGUUGAAGAGGAUGGGGGAAGAGAAGCAGCUUUAGUUUUCCCACAGUGUUUGAAACCAGCACAUAACUCUAAUGAUUUAGUGUUACAGCCACAACAGAUACUGAGGUUCAAAGAUGACCCCAAAAAGAUAGUCCAGAUCUUCUGGGUUAUUCUCAGAGCCUAUGAUCCAACUUGGACAGAUGUCCAAUCAUUAAACAAACACCAACCAACCAAGUGGUGUUUGCCUGACACAAGUGUAUAAAAUCCAGGAGUACAACCAAAGAAGGGGAAGAAGCUGCUGGGGGAGGACCGUGGCCAAUGGCUGACCCAGAGUGGGAUCAUAGAACAGAAGCAGAGAGGAACACCUUGAGAUGGUGUCAAGAUGGACUUUGAGAAUCCUGGGAGCGAGUAGAAUGAAAAACAAAUUGGAGUAAAGUGAGAGAAUGUCAGUAAGGGCUGACAGGGCACCCACUGGAUUUUUGAGUUAACUUAGCUAAACAAAUGAGAGUGUAUGGAGGGGACAACCUUGAAAGUUGAUCAUUAAAAUUGAUUUAGAAUGAUUGUAGACAGAAAGGAUAAGGAGGACCCUCCCACUUGUAAGUCUGAGUGGACCUUCCUGCUUUUCAAACUUUUCUGGCACCACAGUGCAGCCCAGUCCAAUCUUAAUCUCAGUCUUGGACAAUGCUUUAUGCCUAAUGAAUUAUUAAUACAAAGUUUAUUAUUAUUUGGAGUAACUACAUGGAUUAGUAAUGUUUCAUAGUAUAUACUCAGGAAGCUCUCAGUGACUUACUUGAGGAUCUGUCAUAGGUGGAUUCUGGGGAUAUCUAUCAUAUCUACCUUGGAUAAGGAAGAGUUCUUUUCAUCUCAGGUCGAGAAGCCUCCCAGCUCAAGAGGGAGUCACUGGCAUGCAGUCCAGCUGUAAUUCAGGGGCAGCUCUAAUUGGGCUUUUCCUGGUAAUGACAGUGAUAGAGUGAAGUAGUGGCCUGCUGGUCAGUAGGACAGACAAGACAGAUUUCAGUUUAGUACUGAUAUCCUGUCUGGUGAGAAGUGUAUCUGUCAUGGGCCAGGUUCUCACACCCACCCUCUCAGCUUCUCUGCCAGGCAUGACAUCAGCAGCACCUGCACGACCAAGUUCCAUUCAAUACCCCAUCAACAUUCCCACAACCAGUGACAUAAACACCUGCACAAGCCUGGCAGUGAUGGGGUAACUGCUGGACUCAAACAUCAUUUUUCUGACCUAAAAGGAUCCCAUCAUUCUCAACAGCCAGGCUGGGUGGCCCUUGGGCUGGACUAGCACAGCCCUUCUCUUGUGUCUGUAAGAUGAAAUGACUUAGGUUGUUAUUUUAAGGAGAAAAGGAUUUUAAAAAACCUUCAGCUAAGAGGGAUAGACUGCUCAUAAAUUCAAGAAGAGCUGAGCCAGACACCUGAGACUUGUACUAACAGCCUUGGCAGCUGCUUAUUAUUUGAGGGAAGGGGAGGAGUUUCAGAGGAGCCAAGUGUAGCUGCAGAAUUCUUCAGAAUCCCACUAGUCAAAAUAGAAACCCAUGAGGAAAGCCACAAAGGACAUGAGCAGAAUGACAUGCUCACUAAAUUGCAAAGAGGCAAAAUUGGAAAGCUGUGGUACAAGUCAAAUUAAGACUACCAAGGGCUGCCAGAGGCUCUGCAUUUACUUAACUGCCUUAAAAAGAAGUGGAGGGAAAACCAUGGCUCAUUGUUUCACCAGGGAAGAGUUAUUGAUCAGUGGAAUGGAGAAAGCUGGGACAUUCUUGGUGCUGCAUUUGCAUCCUCCUUUAUCCUCAAGGUCAGUGGGGAAUCAGAUCUGGAAUAGCAUUUUUAACAGAGAACCAGGCAAGAAAUCAUGAAGCAGCCUUGGAGCAGUAACACCAGUGAGCAAGAGGCAGGGAAAGGCAGCAGGGCUGCUGGAGGAACUAGCUGAGGCAACUUCUCCAGUGCAGGCAAGAAGGGUGGGGGCAAUCUUUGCUCAUUGGCUAUUUUUAAAAAGGUGAAGCAGCUGCUAUGGCCAGAGCUGAGCCUCCAAACUUCACUUCUCAGAAAGAUGCUAUCACAAGCAGUUAAGCAAGUGUGUGAAGAUGAAGCAAUAAUAAACACAGUGCCUUCCUUGCCCCAAACUCCUCCACAUGUAGAGGGCCCCUUGUCCCUGUGUGCACCCAAGGCAGGUGGGUGAAACACCCACAAAGGGUUUUCCUGCCAGGAGCAGAGUGUGUCCUUGCUGCACACCAAGCUCUGCUGGCCAUAGGAAAGAAGGCUGACUCAUGCAGAGAAACAAAAGUAAAAGUGCUGCUUCUCCCAGUUUGGGCAAGAGGAAAGCGGAGUUCAGGGAAAAGGCUGCCUCUAUCAGGGAUUUCAUGAAGAGAUCUGAUUUUCUGCUACCAGUGAGGCUGAUAAAAGGCAAUAAAACCCCCAAAGGUCAGAAUUGUGCAGAGGCUUUUGCCCAUUUCCUUACACCACGAGCUAGGAGCAACAAGUUGGUUGAACAGGUGGUUUAUCACACAAAUCCUGUCCCCUUGACAGCUGUUCUUGCUGGUGACAGAGGCAGGGACUGGGGAGGUGUGGAAGAAGGGUCUGGGAAAGCCGUGCUCUGGAAGGAAGGGGCUUCAAUCCCACAGUGACAGCUUGGGGCAGUGUAACUGUGAUUCCCAGAGCAGUACCUGAGCAGAAAGGAGUUUUCUCAAGUUUUCCUUAACAUCUGUUGUUUCCAGAUGUUAAGAAAACCCCAU